CUUGCUUUCCCGCCUCUCAAAUUCGACUUCCUUGCACUCCAAACUCUUUUCCCUCCAGUUUCCCCUCCUCUGUCUCCCAAGCCACAAACCCCGGUCCCCAAUUCUCUCCCCCCACCCCACGCCCUCUCCCUUCUUCUCUCCCUUUUCAACUUCUUGUCCGAUUCCACCUCAGGCUCCAAGCGUUCCUAACUCAGUCCCCCGCUUUCCUUCGGCUCGAAGCCAUGGCGGGACCUGGGGGUUGGAGGGACAAGGAAGUCACGGAUCUGGGCCACUUGCCGGACAGUAGUGGCAGAGGUUCAGUUAAGAAAAUGAUUGGACUAGGGAUUUAUUCUCGUAUUUAUAAAGGACUCCAUGAAAAAACUGGUGCAUUUACAGCUGUUAAAGUGAUGAAUGCUCGUAAGACCCCUUUACCUGAAAUAGGAAAACGAGUGAGAGUGAAUAAAUAUCAAAAGUCUGUUGGAUGGAGAUACAGCGAUGAGGAAGAGGAUCUCAGGACUGAACUCAACCUUUUAAAGAAGUACUCUUUCCACAAAAACAUUGUGUCCUUCUAUGGUGCUUUUUUCAAGCUGAGCCCCCCCGGCCAGAGGCACCAACUUUGGAUGGUGAUGGAGUUAUGUGCAGCAGGCUCAGUCACUGAUGUAGUAAGAAUGACCAGAAAUCAGAGUUUGAAAGAAGAUUGGAUUGCUUAUAUCUGCCGAGAAAUCCUUCAGGGCUUAGCUCAUCUUCAUGCACACCGUGUAAUUCACCGGGACAUCAAAGGUCAGAAUGUGUUACUGACUCAUAAUGCUGAAGUAAAACUUGUGGAUUUUGGAGUGAGUGCCCAGGUGAGCAGAACUAAUGGGAGGAGAAAUAGUUUCAUUGGGACGCCAUACUGGAUGGCACCUGAGGUGAUUGACUGUGAUGAGGACCCAAGACGCUCCUAUGAUUACAGAAGUGAUGUGUGGUCCGUGGGAAUCACUGCUAUUGAAAUGGCUGAAGGGGCUCCUCCCCUGUGUAACCUUCAGCCCUUGGAAGCCCUCUUUGUUAUUUUGCGGGAAUCUGCCCCCAAAGUCAAAUCCAGUGGAUGGUCUCGUAAGUUCCACAAUUUCAUGGAAAAGUGCAUGAUAAAAAAUUUCCUAUUUCGUCCUACUUCUGCAAACAUGCUUCAUCACCCUUUUGUUCAGAAUAUAAAAAAUGAAGGACAUGUUGUUGAGUCAUUAAAGAAGCAUCUUACUGGAAUCAUUAAAAAGAGACAGAAAAAAGGAAUACCUCUGAUAUUUGAAAGAGAAGAAGCUAUUAAGGAGCAGUACACCAUGAGAAGAUUCAGAGGACCUUCUUGUACUCAUGAGCUUCUGAGACUGCCAACUAGCAGUAGAUGCAGACCACUUAGAGUUCUGCAUGGAGAACCCUCUCAGCCAAGGUGGUUGCCUGAUCGAGAAGAGCCACAGGUUCAGGCACUUCAGCAUCUACAGGGAGCAGCCAGGGUGUUCAUGCCACUACGAGCUCAGGACAAUGCACCUAGGCUUCUACAGGGGCAAGCCCAGGCACCUCAGCGACUACAAGGGGCAGCUCGUGUGUUUAAGCCACUACAGGCUCAGGUUAAGGCGAAGGCAUCUAGGCCCCUACAGAUGCAGGUUAAGGCACCUCCAAGACUACGGAGAGCAGCCUGGAUGCUCAUGCCACUACAGGCUCAGGUUAAGACACCUAGGACUCUACAGCUACAAGCCCAGGUGCCAAAAGAACAGCAGGCUCAGGCCCAGCCCCAGGCAUCAGAAGAGCCACAGGAUCUGGACCAGGUACCAGAGGAAUUUCAGGGUCAAGAUCAAGUACCAGAACAACAGCAAAGGCAGGGUCAGGCCCCUGAACAACACCAGGGGCAGAACCAGUUACCUGAACAACAGCUGGAGCAGAACCAGGUACCUGAACAGCCAGAGGUACAGGAGCAGGCUGUUGAGCCCACACAGGCAGAGAUUGAGGCAGAGGAACCUGAGUCAUUACGAGUACAUGCCCAGGUAUUCCUGCCCCUACUGUCACAGAACCACCAUGUGCUGUUGCCACUACAUUUGGAUACUCAAGUGCUCAUUCCAGUAGAGGGGCAAAUUGAAGGGUCACCUCAGGCACACACCUGGGCACUAGAGCCCCCACAGGCAGUUGGCUCAGUUCAAGAACUGAUAGAGGGACUAUCAAGAGACUUACUUCGAGCACCAAACUCACAUAACUCAAAGCCCCUUGGUCCACUGCAAACCUUGAUGGAAAGUCUGUCUUCAAACAUGUUUUACUCUCAACCAGAACAGGCAGGGAAGAAAAAAUCAAAAGUUUCUAGUCUAAGGCAGGCAUUGGCAAAAAGACUAUCACCAAAGAGGUUCCGGGCAAAGCUAUCACGGAGACCUGAAGAGUUUGAGCUCUCAGAUUUAGAAGCCUGCAGGAGAAGGUGCCAGCGCAGAUGGGAAGAUAUCUUUAAUCAGCACGAGGAAGAAUUGAGACAAGUUGCAAAUGACAAAGAAGAUGAGUCAUCAGACAAUGAUGAAGUAUUUCAUUCAAUUCAGGCUGAAGUCCAAAUAGAACCAUUGCAGCCAUAUGUUCCAAAUCCUAAAGGAAAUAAAGUCCAAGAGAGAUCUACUUCAGUGCCUUACAAUCAAGAUUGUGCACACUAUGUCAAGUUCUCUUCAAGUGUUCCUCAGCGGUCUGUUUUGGAACAAGCUCAGAAGCCCAUUGACAUCAGACAAAGGAGUUCACAAAAUCCUCAAAAUUGCCCAGCAGUAUCAGAAUCUUCUUCUGAGGAAGAGAGUCCUGUAACCUGGAGGAGGUCCCAGUCAUCACCGCCUUACUCUACUAUUGAUCAGAAGUUGCUGGUUGAUGUCCAUGUUCCAGAUGGAUUUAAAGUAGGAAAAAUAUCACCCCCUGUUUACUUGACAAAUGAAUGGGUAGGCUAUAAUGCACUCUCUGAAAUCUUCCGGAAUGAUUGGUUAACUCCUGCACCUGUCAUUCAGCCACCUGAAGAGGAUGGUGAUUAUGUUGAACUCUAUGAUACUGGUGCUGAUACUGAUGGUGAUGAUGAUGAUUCUAAUGAUGCUUAUGAAGAUACCUAUGACCAUGACAAGGGCAAUGAUGGCUUGGAUAACCAGGUUGGUCAGGUUAAUGAUAUUGGUGAAGACCAUGAUGAUAAUGACAAUGACGAAGCUAUUGAUGACAAAGACAAUAAUCAUGAUGAUGCUCCUUGUUGGCCAAGACCAAGCUAUGGUGAUGGAAGCUACAAGCAAGAUGGUAGAGAUGGAAAUGAUGGUGGAGAAGGGACAUGCAGCAGUUAUGGAAGUCAGAGAGUCAGUAGAAGCCAUGGAGGAAGUGUAGCCAGUGGGGGCAGUGCGGCCAUUGGAGACCAUGAAGAACAUGGAGCCAAUAUAGGCAAUGGAAGAAGAGUCAAGGUAAAUGGAGGUAAGGGAGUCAGUGGAACCAAUGAAGAAAGUGGAGCCUUUGAACUCAGUGAAGGAGAAAAUUACUCAGAGACAGCAGAGACAGAUGGUCAAGGAUUGGAGAGACUGACAUCCCAAGACUUUGAACAUCAACAGGAGGAGCCAGGUGGUAGAAGUGAGGCCUCAAAUGCCAUUGCCUCAGAUGCUGCACCAGCAGCACCUGAUGACAAGAAUGACAGCAUGGAUAUAUUGGAAGCGUCAACACAAUCAGGCUUUUCUGCCAGCCACUCAUCUCCUUCUAAUAGUUCUGGGAGGGCUGCAAAUGCUGACUUUGCCAGUGCCAUCUUGUAUGCUGAGUUAGUGGAAGCACCUGAGAAAUCACCUAAGCCACCAUCUGAAGUCAACGUUAACCCACUAUAUGUGUCUCCUGCAUGUAAAAAACCACUAAUCCACAUGUAUGAAAAGGAAUUCACUUCUGAGAUCUGCUGUGGUUCUUUGUGGGGAGUGAAUUUGCUGUUGGGAACUCGAUCUAAUCUGUAUCUGAUGGACAGAAGUGGAAAGGCAGACAUUACUAAACUGAUAAAGCGAAGACCAUUCCGUCAGAUUCAAGUUGUAGAGCCACUCAAUUUGCUGAUUACCAUCUCUGGCCAUAAGAACAGACUUAGGGUGUAUCAUUUGACCUGGCUGAGGAACAAGAUUUUGAAUGAUGAUCCUGAUAGUAAAAGAAGACAAGAGGAGAUGCUAAAGACAGAAGAAGCCUGCAAAGCUAUUGAUAAACUGACAGGUUGUGAACACUUCAGUGUCCUCCAACGUGAAGAAACAACAUAUAUUGCAAUUGCUUUGAAGUCAUCAAUUCACCUUUAUGCAUGGGCACCAAAGUCCUUCGAUGAAAGUACUGCUAUUAAAGUAAUAUGCAUUGAUCAAUCAGCAGACUCCGAAGGAGACUACAUGUCCUAUGAAGCCUAUAUACGAAUACUGGCAAAAAUACAGGCAGCUGAUCCAGCGAACCGGUUUAAGAGACCAGAUGAGCUCCUUCAUCUGCUGAAACUCAAGGUGUUUCCAACAGUUGGUCAUAAGCCAGUGACAGUUGACCUGGCUAUUGGUUCUGAAAAAAGGCUAAAGAUUUUCUUCAGCUCAGCAGAUGGAUAUCACAUCAUUGAUGCAGAAUCUGAGGUUAUGUCUGAUGUGACUCUGCCAAAUAACCCCCUGGAAAUCAUUAUACCACAGAAUAUCAUCAUUUUACCUGAUUCCUUGGGAAUUGGCAUGAUGCUCACCUUCAAUGCUGAAGCCCUUUCUAUGGAAGCAAAUGAACAACUCUUCAAGAAGAUUCUUGAGGUGUGGAAAAACAUACCAUCUUCAGUAGCUUUUGAGUGUACACAGCGAACCACAGGAUGGGGCCAAAAGGCCAUUGAAGUCCGCUCUUUGCAAUCAAGGGUUCUGGAAAGUGAACUGAAACGCAGGUCAAUUAAGAAGCUGAGAUUUCUGUGUACCCGAGGUGACAAGCUAUUUUUUACCUCUACCCUGCGCAAUCGCCACAGCCGGGUUUAUUUCAUGACCCUUGGAAAACUUGAGGAGCUCCAAAGCAUUUAUGAUGUUUAAAAGGUUCCAGUGAUUUAUUACAACAUUUACAAACAUCAUAAAUAUGAAAUCUGUAUCUUUAAAUUUCUGAGAUUAAAUGAGCAUUCAGUUUUAUUGUUAGGGAAAAAUUAAAUCAGAUACUUUACUUUUAAUGUAGCACAAAAUAGUUCUAAUGAGAAAUGCAGCUUUAUAUAUAAAAUUAACUAUAGCAAGCUCUGUGUACUCCAAUGGUGUACAAUGUCUUUUGCACAAACUUUGUAACUUUUGUUACUGUGAACUCAAAUAUUACUCUUAGUACAGUUUGGACAGUAUCUAUAUUCAGAUAUUACUACAUGGAGUAAAGAAACCUGUAAUGAGUUAGAUUCCAAGUAGCUUUCAAAAUAAUUGGCCCUGAGUGAGGUUUUUCAGAAAGAAAUAAAAAUAGCAACAAACUAUAUGCAAACUUGCAAAGUCAUAUAAAGAACCAAAAGUUAGAUUAUUAAAUGAAAAUAAUAAGAACUAUGCUACAAACAAGACUAAGGCUGAACAACCUGCAUGCCUAGAGAAAACUACAGUGAUAAAGGGGAAAAGGCCACCCAUUUCCUUACUGUUCCUUGACAGUUAAGCCCCCAGUCAGAGACCAGUUGUGUUUUUUCAUACCAUAUUCAGCUGGUUUUCUCCUGAUAAGAAGGAAGAAAGCCUUAGAUGCUUGAUGUUCCUCAGAACCCCUGAAGAUGUGCAAUAGCUGUUUGUUUGUUUGUUUGUUUGUUUAAACCACCAAAUAAUACAGUUGCAAGCGUGAAUACAGGACUAAACUCCUAUACACAUGUACUGUAGAAUGAGUUGAGGUUUUUUUUUAAUACUUUAAAAUAGGCGUCAAAUUCUAACCCCCAAAGACAGAUUGGUUGAUUUAUAAAAAUUCUUAUCUGGCCAAAAGUGGGACCAUCAGACAACAUGGAAUAUUUUCCUAAUCCUAGAUUGAACUACAUAAGAAGUUCCCCUCAGUUAUUAAACAAAAAGAACAAAAUGCAACAACAAAAAAACUUUGGCUGCUAAUACUUUUUUUUUCCCAUUUCUAUUUCUGUAAAAUAAGAAAUUAAUCUAAAAGUGAUAAGUCCACAUGUAGGGACUUAAUGUUUAGGUAAAAAAAGAAAAAGAAAAAAAAAUUUGAAAAAAAUACAACUUUCAUCAAAUUUAGAGUAGUGAAAAUCAUGUUAGUCCAUCACCCAAUAUGUUAUAGACGCCAUAGAUAGGUGGUAUUUGGUCACCUAUGGUAACUGCUACCUGGUGAAAACCAUAAUUUCUACAUAUCCAUCCUCAAUACCAUGGUUAGUUCUGGGGCAAGAAUAAGCAACAGAACUACCACAAAGUAUACCUCAGUAUAAUCCCUCUAGUUCUGCUUCAAGAGUAUGAAGACAGUGCUAGUGGGAUAAUAGUUUUCAAACUACCUGGUUAACCAAAAUACAAAAGCAGCUGACUAUGUGUGAUUUCGUGAUAGCACAUUAUUUCUUGGUGCCUUGGUGACAAGAAUGAUGAUUUGGAUUUUCCUAACAACUUACAUCAAGAGUGUAGUAGCUCAAAAUGAAAAUUUAGGAGAACCUAAAUCCAUGAAUUACAGAAAUAAAUGUGAUUCACAUCUCUGUUACUGUGACACAAUAAUGUGAUCCUAAAACUGGCUUAUCCUUGAGUGUUUACAACUCGAAUGACUUUUUAAAUGCAGUAGUUUAAAGAGGAAACAAACAUUUAUGUCAAAUUAUUUCCUUAGAAGUAGUCUUCAUUAUUAUAAAUUUGUACACCAAAAAGGCCAUGGGGGAACUUUGUGCAAGUACCUCAUUGCUGAGCAAAUGGAGCUUGCUAUGUUUGCAUUUCAGAAAAUUCUUUCAUUUAAGUAGUGUGUAGAAUCAAGUCUUUUAAAAAUUCAUUUUUCUUCAUAAUAUUUACUCAAAGUUAAGAUUAGAGAAAUAAGUUUCAUCUUAAAAUCAUAUUUUUAAGGUAGUAAGACAGUAAACUAGUUUAGGAAAUCAACUCCCAUUGUGCUCUGUGGCUGUUAUUCUAGUAAAACAUAGACCAUGGUGAACUGAAUCUACAGAGAUGUACCAAAGUAAACAAACAAGAAAAAUUGCAGACGUGUAGCUGAACUUUAAAGGAUAAGGUGUUAACGAAGAAAGGAGCCUGGCACACAUCACAAAGGGAGAUUGAAAUGUUGGAUAGCCAAAUAGGAUUGAAAAUAUUUAAAGUGGUGUAUAAGUAAUGAAUAUCUCAAAUUUUGAUGUUAUUCCAUAUGGAAUUUGUAUACCCUUUGCCAGCUGAAACAAGAAAGUGAAGGGGCAAUUAAAUUUCAUAGUCUGUGCACAGUAAUGGAAGAAAUUAUAUCUAUACCUUACCUUGUAGAUCAGCGCUUGGCAGUCCCAGCUCAUUACAGAAGCAAUGGCGAGGUAAUCCUAGCUAGCCAAUUCUCCUAGCCCUGUGAUUGAAAGCAUGAAAGUUCUAGCAGGUUGUGAGUAGCGUUGGGACAGAAUACAGUUUUAUCUUAGUGUACUUUAGUUUUUUUCACCAAAGCUCUUGUCUAAAAUAAAAGGCAUUGUUGGAAAUAUUUGAAAACUAAAAAAUGAUGUAUGAAGAGGGCUAACGAGAAAAGCUCUGAGUGAUUAGGUCUGUUGAAGUAAGGGAAGAGCUCAGAGGAAAUAGUAGGAAAGGAUAAUCGUUUAGAUAGUAAAAUAGGCAAAGCAGAAAUCACACAUGUACAUGCACACACAUAUACCAUAUACAUACACACAUGCAAACCAUUAGAAUGCAUAAUUUUAAUAUUUUCAGUGCUACCAGUUUCUAGAUAAAAUAAUCACUCUGUUUUCUGCCAGCACUCAUUUAAUGGAAACAGUAUUCAUAAAACCAGGAAUAAUGCCACAUGCACUCAAUGGGAUCUUUUAAAUACUCUUCAAUUAUUUUUUUAAAUGUGCCUAUUUAAAUCAAUUUGUAUUCGAUAUGUGCUUUAACUUAAAAAAUUAUUGAAAUAAUCUUUGAGACUGCUAAUUGUUUCAUCAGAAAGUCUGCAAUUAACCAUG